AUGGACGCCUUUGGAAAAUGUUGGCAUCUCGCUGAAGAUCUGAUUGUCCCUAAGCUGGUUGAAGUGAAUACGGAGACGUCAUUGUGUCGAAAGGAUCCUUUCGUGGACCCCUCGGGUUACUAUACCGAUCCCUGCUGCAACGAGGCACUCCUCAAUGAAAAGCCGUGCAGGCCUCAUCGAGCUCUUGCCGCAUUAGCUUGCCUCAAGGACGACUCCGGAUCGGCCGAGUACGUCCGAAAGGCUCUACUGAGUGGCGGCGCAGUAGUCCAUAGACAAUUGCUCUCGGGAAUUGGAGAAAAUUGCGAAAGCCAGAUGGCUAGAAGCCUCCUCGCAGAUGGGAGAGUACCUAGUUCGAUCGAAACCUGUAUGGAGGACGUCUAUGGAGCAUACGACAGGAGUACUCAUAUGAGAGUUGGUCACCCCUGUACGAGAGAUUCUGAUUGCACUGCAAGUGGUCACUGUCUUCACAGCACUCGUAGAGAAGAUCGAUACCGCACUGCUUGGCGAGAUGUCCACAUGGGAGGGUCGGCCUACAUCGAUUCCGACACACGCAGAGUCGGCAGUGGUUACUGUAAACUCCUUUCUGGCACGGAGGCAUUGACAGCGUUGUUGAAGUGUUUGGAGAGAUCUUGGGGUCCGCUUAUUACGAAUCAUGUCGCUGAGGAACUAGGGAUGCCAGUGAACACUACCAUAACUAUGAUAGCUGAGGAGUUGCUGGUGAAAGUCGGAGUAGUGGGGAAGUGUGUUGGCCCGAAGGUUACUCUCGAAAGUUAUGACAUCCAUCUGUUCUCGAGAAACGACUCGGCAGAAGCGUGCAUUUUACGGUCACCUAAAACGUGUAAUUGGAAUAUAAAUAUAGAUUCGGAGGAUGUGUGUGAGGACAACUACGACACUGACAGAACCUCUUGUGGGGUCUCGGACGGGCAAUACCAACAAAACUCUCCAAACGUGUGCAAUCGUGUGAGUGAGAUCACGGACAAGCACUGUUGGGAAGCAUUUGAGAAAUUGGUGAAAACCACAGAGGAGUAA